AUGUCGUCAAAACGGGCUGGACUUCCUUCGCUCAACUCGGGUGGAUCCUCAGCAUCAAAAAAAGGCGCACUACAACCCGUUAAAGUCCAACGCUACAGGGCAGGAAAAGCCCCUGAAGGCUAUGUUGAUCCCGCAUUACAAUCCUCAGACGAAGAGGAAGGCGACCAGGACGAAUCUCCAUCAGCACGACGAACAGCAACAAAUGCAACCGGCGGGAUUCACAUGUCGAUCGGCGUUGGGCAGGAGGAGCGGAAGGGUGCCUACCAGGUCCUGAAUGUCGAACAGAUGACUCGGGAGCGCCAGCAAGAACGGGCGCAGAGAGGUGGCCAGCCAGAAAUGAGCGCUGCUGCUGCUGGAGGUGACAGACGUCUUGCCAGAUUGCAAGCCAUGCAAUUGUCAGAUCAGAGGAGUCGUGGUGAUACUAGAUCAAGGCGGACGAAGGAUGACAGCGACGAAAACGAGGAAGAGCAUGAAAAGUCAGAGAAUAGUGGAGAUGACGAGGAGGAGGCGGCAGUGAGGAGAAGGAAAGCUGUCAGGGCCAAGGCUCUGAAGGAGGAGGAAGAAGAGGAACUCUGGGGUCAGGGCGAAGAAGAAGAGGAAGAGGAAGAAGUCGAAGAUUCACGACGCAGAGGACAUGCAGAGGACAGUGAAGGAUCAUCAGAGUACACGUCUGGGUCAGAAGAAGAGUCGUCGGACGAGGACACACCCCGACGGAAAUUGAUGAAGCCGGUCUUUGUUCCCAAGUCCCAGAGAAUCACAAUUGACGAAUCCACACGGUCAGAGGUGGCAGAGGAGUUGGCAGAAAAGGCUCGUCUGGAAGAGAUUGCGGAACGAAAGAAGGAGUCUCACCAGAUGCUGAAGGAGUACGUGGCGCGGCAGGCCAACGUCGAGGAGGUGCCUGAUGUCGACAACCUGGCCGAGGUCGAUGAUACCGAUGGACUGGAUGAGGAAGCCGAGUUUGAACUCUGGAAGCUGCGUGAGCUGAAGCGUAUCAAGCGUGAUCGUGAGGAGCUCGAAGCACGCGAGAAUGAAAAGCUAGAGAUUGAGAGACGUCGCGAGCUGACAGAGGAGGAGCGUGUUAAGGAGGACAUGGCAUACCUGGCCAAGAAGGCCAAGGAAGAGCAAGCCCAAAAGGCCGCAGGAUCUGUCGAAAAGUACCACCAUAAAGGCGCCUUCUUUAUGGAUUCUAAUGAAGCGAUUCUGAAGCGGUCGACAAAUGAGGCAACACCAGAUGCAGUUAAGGACAUCAAGGCACUGCCCAAGAUCAUGCAGGUCCGCAACUUUGGAAGAGCAGGACAAACAAAGUACACGACGUUGAAGGACCAGGAUACAUCGAAGCCCUCUGGCUGGUCGGAUCCGGCAACGAGACACUUGCAACAGCGACAUCGUAUGGGAGGUUUCCGAGGCGAUGACUAUAAGAUUGCGUCGAGUAUGCAAGGUCAGCGUGGCGGUCGAGGACGGGGUGGCGGAGGACGGGGUGGCGGAGAUCGAUUUGGCUCUGGCGAUGGGCAAAGGAGGGACAGCGCCAAUCAAACAGAGCUGGGCGGUGGUAGAAGCCAGCGUGAAGGCGGUGAAAGUGGAGGUCGUCGGGAGUACUAUGACCGCGACCGCGACGAUAACCAUGGUCAGAGCCGUAGUCGUGGUGGUGAUCGUGAUCGUGAUCGUGAUCGUGAUAGAGGGGACCGUGGCAGCAGUAGUCGAGACUACCGAGACCGAGACCGGGAUGAUGGUGACUCCUACAAGCGCCGCCGGCACUAG